UACAUAAUAUUUUUUUCCUCAUAAUCAGAACAGUAUCUCUAUGGGUAUUUUCAAAAAACAGAAGAAAAAACUUUGAAGAGAAACAAAAAUGGAAGAAACGGAGGAAAUUAUCGUAGGCCGCGAUGGCGUACUUAAUCUAUCUUGGGGGUGGUUCUUAUCAUCAACUUAUGGGGUGUCCAUCAUUUUAUUAGUAUUUUUGAUGUUUGAGUACAAUAUAAAGAGCAUCACCGCGAUUCAAAUCUGCUGUUUGAUUUUCGGUUUCACUUACAUGGUCGGACUUGGCGGAGCUGUUGCAGAUUUUUCCUUCUUCGGCUCUUUCCGUAUUAUUACGGUUUUUUCCUUCAUUUCCUUACUGGGUACGCUCAUGUUAACUGUACUACAUGCGACAUCGGCAAAACAUCAAUUUGGAGUUGUGUUAGUAGCCAUAACACUAGCUUUAUUAGGAUCUGAAUCCGUAAUUAAUUCUUACCGAUUUUUGAGAAGAGAUCAGUUUGAUGAGCCACCAGCAGCUAUGGGUUUCAGGAUCACGCAUUUUAUAUCUGAUAAAUGUUUUGCCGUGGCAACUCUGGUCCCGUUUAUCAUUUUGGAAGCAGAAUACCAAGAUUGGGGUUUCUUAUUUGGAAUUUGUUGCGCUUAUAAUGUGAUAGGAUUAUUCUGGUUUUUGAUUGGAAGUUCUGUUUAUCGACCACAAACAUGGGCUGAUAAAUCUUUUAAAGACAAAGACGAAUUACACGAAGUCAAAUACUUAAUUAAAACCACCCCGUUGUUUUUAACUGACAUUUUCUUGCACACCUCUAGUAUUUUGUUUAACUACCUAAUAGUACUUCAAGCCCUAACUAUGAACAGGCGCAUCGGACCCUUCGUAAUACCAGCCAGCUGUUUCGGACUCUUUUCGAUACCAACUGUAUUUCUUUCGUUAGUAACUGUCGACUUUCUCAUUAUCCCACGAUAUAACAAACUUAGAAUCUCUUUGGGUAUCGGGUUAAGCCAUGUCUUGACCAUCCUCACUCUCGUGGCGUCUGCUUUGAUCGAGUCUCGAAGGCUCCAUCGUCUCGCAGACAAUCCAGGUUCGACGAUGUCAGCCCUAUGGCUUAUAAUACCCGCAGCAGUUUUGGGGUUUAAGUUUGGAUUUGAUUUCAAAGGACACAGAAGAGCGUUCUGUCGAAAAAGGCGAUUAGAAGGAAUAACUAGUGUUGUUAUGCGGACAUUCUUAGUUGGAAUGGGAUAUUUUGUGAGCAUAAUAAUCAUUCAAUCAUUGGUUCAGUUCACACACUGGCUGCCUCAUAAUAUUAAUGAUGGAAGGUUGGAUUAUGUAUAUUGGAUGUUGGCAGCGAUCGGGUGCCUCAACUUUGUAUUCCAUUUAGUUUUUACAAAGAGCUUUCAGUUUCCCACUUUUAAAUAUUAUGCUGGUGAUGAUCGUGAUGAUGAUGAAGCUUCAUGAACUGCUCAUGCAGUUACUGGUUACAAGUAAUGUUAAUUUUCUUGAUUUAUUUCAUUUUGAUAACUUAAUGUCAAUUUUCUUUCAAUUUCUAAUUUUCUUUAUCAUUGUAGAAAUAAUUUGAUUUUUUCCAUAGCUAUGAUCAUUAUGAAGUUAUUGUUUUGGUUGUUA